AUGUCUCUACUUUGCGUUGGAGUCAAAAAAGCCAAGUUUGAUGGUGCCCAAGAGAAAUUCAACACAUAUGUGACCUUGAAGGUGCAGAAUGUCAAGAGCACGACCAUUGCCGUACGGGGCAGCCAGCCCAGCUGGGAGCAGGAUUUCAUGUUCGAAAUUAACCGCCUGGAUUUGGGGCUGACGGUGGAGGUAUGGAACAAGGGUCUCAUCUGGGACACGAUGGUGGGCACUGUGUGGAUCCCCCUGCGGACCAUCCGCCAGUCCAACGAAGAGGGCCCUGGAGAGUGGCUGACCCUGGACUCUCAGGUCAUCAUGGCGGACAGUGAGAUCUGCGGCACUAAGGACCCCACCUUCCACCGCAUCCUCCUUGACACCCGCUUUGAGCUGCCCUUAGACAUCCCUGAGGAGGAGGCACGCUACUGGGCCAAGAAGCUGGAGCAGCUGAAUGCCAUGAGGGACCAGGAUGAGUAUUCAUUCCAGGAUGAACAAGACAAGCCUCUUCCUGUCCCCAGCAACCAGUGUUGCAACUGGAAUUAUUUUGGCUGGGGUGAGCAGCAGAAUGAUGACCCUGACAGUGCAGUGGAUGAUCGUGACAGUGACUACCGCAGUGAGACAAGCAACAGCAUCCCACCACCCUAUUACACUACGUCCCAGCCCAAUGCCUCGGUCCACCAAUAUUCUGUCCGCCCACCACCCCUGGGUUCCCGGGAAUCCUACAGUGACUCCAUGCACAGUUAUGAGGAGUUCUCCGAGCCGCGGGCCCUCAGCCCCACAGGCAGCAGCCGCUAUGCCUCCUCAGGGGAGCUGAGCCAAGGUAGCUCACAGUUGAGCGAGGACUUCGACCCGGAUGACCAGAGCCUGCAGGGCUCCGAGCUGGAGGACGAGCGGGACCGGGACUCCUACCACUCCUGCCACAGCUCAGUCAGCUACCAUAAGGACUCGCCGCGCUGGGACCAAGAUGAAGAUGAGCUGGAUGAGGAGCUGGACGAAGAGCUGGAUGAGGACCUGGAGGACUUCCUGGAGGAGGAGGAAGAGCUGCCUGAGGACGAGGAAGAGCUAGAGGAGGAGGAGGAGGUGCCGGAUGACAUCCGAGGCUACACCCAGCGCGAGGAGGUGGCCGUGGCUGAGCCCAAAGACUUCAAGCGCGUCAGCCUUCCAACUGCUGCCUCCGAGAAGGCGAACAAGGCCCUCACUGUGCCCACUGAGGCCCCCGACAUAGCCAAGGUGGCCCCUGAGCCAGCUGUCCCCAAGGAGGUUUCUGCAGCUGAUCAGGAGCCUCAGCCUGAGCCCCCCAAGGCUGAGGAGAGUUUCAGGCCACGAGAAGAUGAGGAAGCCCAAGAGGGUCAGGACUCCAUGUCUAGGGCCAAGGCCAACUGGCUGCGAGCCUUCAACAAAGUGCGGCUGCAGCUGCAGGAGGCCCGGGGAGAAGGAGAGAUGUCCAAAUCCCUAUGGUUCAAAGGCGGCCCUGGCGGUGGUCUCAUCAUCAUCGAUAGCAUGCCGGACAUCCGCAAGAGGAAGCCUAUCCCACUCGUGAGCGACCUGGCCAUGUCUCUGGUCCAGUCCAGAAAAGCUGGCAUCACCUCGGCCUUGGCAUCCAGCACUUUGAACAACGAAGAGCUGAAAAACCACGUUUACAAGAAGACCUUGCAAGCCUUAAUCUACCCCAUCUCGUGCACGACGCCUCACAACUUCGAGGUGUGGACGGCCACCACACCCACCUAUUGCUACGAGUGUGAGGGGCUGUUGUGGGGCAUCGCUCGGCAGGGCAUGCGCUGUACCGAGUGCGGUGUCAAGUGCCACGAGAAGUGCCAGGACCUGCUCAACGCAGACUGUCUGCAGCGGGCGGCGGAGAAGAGCUCCAAACACGGGGCGGAGGACCGGACGCAAAACAUCAUAAUGGUGCUGAAGGACCGCAUGAAGAUCCGGGAGCGCAACAAGCCCGAGAUCUUCGAGCUCAUCCAGGAGAUUUUCGCCGUGACCAAGACCGCGCACACGCAGCAGAUGAAGGCGGUCAAGCAGAGCGUGCUGGAUGGAACGUCCAAGUGGUCGGCCAAGAUCAGCAUCACCGUGGUCUGUGCGCAGGGCUUGCAGGCAAAGGACAAGACGGGAUCCAGUGACCCCUACGUCACCGUCCAGGUUGGGAAGACCAAGAAACGGACAAAAACCAUCUAUGGAAACCUCAACCCUGUGUGGGAGGAGAACUUCCAUUUUGAAUGUCACAACUCCUCGGACCGAAUCAAGGUGCGAGUCUGGGAUGAGGAUGAUGACAUCAAAUCUCGAGUGAAGCAGAGGUUCAAGAGGGAAUCCGAUGACUUCCUGGGACAGACGAUCAUCGAGGUGCGGACACUCAGUGGCGAGAUGGACGUGUGGUACAACCUGGACAAGCGGACUGACAAAUCUGCUGUAUCAGGCGCCAUCCGGCUGCACAUCAGUGUGGAGAUCAAAGGGGAGGAGAAAGUGGCCCCCUACCAUGUCCAGUAUACUUGUUUGCACGAGAACCUGUUCCACUUCGUGACAGAUGUGCAGAACAAUGGGGUCGUGAAGAUCCCAGAUGCCAAGGGUGACGACGCCUGGAAGGUUUACUACGAUGAGACAGCCCAGGAGAUUGUGGAUGAAUUUGCCAUGCGCUACGGGGUCGAGUCCAUCUACCAAGCCAUGACCCACUUUGCCUGCCUCUCCUCCAAGUACAUGUGUCCCGGGGUGCCUGCCGUCAUGAGCACCCUGCUUGCCAAUAUCAACGCCUAUUAUGCACACACCACCGCCUCCACCAACGUGUCUGCCUCCGACCGCUUCGCCGCCUCCAAUUUUGGGAAAGAACGUUUUGUGAAGCUCCUGGACCAGCUACAUAACUCCCUGCGGAUCGACCUCUCCAUGUAUCGGAAUAACUUCCCAGCCAGCAGCCCAGAGAGACUCCAGGACCUAAAAUCCACUGUGGACCUUCUCACCAGCAUCACCUUCUUUCGGAUGAAGGUUCAAGAACUCCAGAGCCCACCCCGAGCCAGUCAGGUGGUGAAGGACUGUGUGAAAGCCUGCCUCAACUCUACUUAUGAAUAUAUCUUCAACAAUUGUCAUGAACUCUAUAGUCGAGAGUACCAGACUGACCCGGCCAAGAAGGGGGAAGUUCCCCCAGAGGAACAGGGCCCCAGCAUCAAGAACCUUGACUUCUGGUCCAAGCUGAUCACUCUCAUAGUGUCCAUCAUUGAGGAAGACAAGAAUUCCUACACUCCCUGCCUCAACCAGUUUCCCCAGGAACUGAACGUGGGUAAAAUCAGCGCCGAAGUGAUGUGGAACCUGUUUGCCCAGGAUAUGAAAUAUGCAAUGGAGGAGCACGAUAAGCAUCGCCUGUGCAAGAGCGCCGACUACAUGAACCUCCACUUCAAGGUCAAAUGGCUCUACAAUGAAUAUGUGGCAGAGCUUCCUGCCUUUAAGGACCGAGUGCCCGAGUAUCCUGCGUGGUUUGAGCCCUUUGUCAUCCAGUGGCUGGACGAGAAUGAGGAAGUGUCCCGAGAUUUCUUGCAUGGAGCCCUGGAGCGAGACAAGAAGGAUGGGUUCCAACAGACUUCAGAGCAUGCCCUGUUCUCCUGCUCCGUGGUGGAUGUCUUCUCCCAGCUCAAUCAGAGCUUUGAGAUCAUCAAGAAGCUUGAGUGUCCUGACCCCCAGAUCGUGGGGCACUAUAUGAGGCGCUUUGCCAAGACUAUCAGUAAUGUGCUCCUCCAGUAUGCGGACAUCAUCUCCAAGGACUUUGCCUCCUACUGCUCCAAGGAGAAGGAGAAAGUGCCCUGCAUCCUUAUGAACAACACUCAGCAGCUGAGAGUUCAGCUAGAGAAGAUGUUCGAAGCCAUGGGAGGCAAGGAGCUGGAUGCUGAGGCCAGUGACAUCUUGAAGGAGCUACAGGUGAAACUCAACAACGUCUUGGAUGAGCUCAGCCGGGUGUUUGCUACCAGCUUCCAGCCACACAUUGAGGAUUGUGUCAAGCAGAUGGGUGACAUCCUUAGCCAGGUGAAAGGCACAGGCAAUGUGCCAGCCAGUGCCUGCAGCAGCGUGGCCCAGGAUGCUGACAAUGUAUUGCAGCCCAUCAUGGACCUGCUGGACAGCAACCUGACUCUCUUUGCCAAAAUCUGUGAGAAGACGGUGCUGAAGCGGGUGCUGAAGGAGUUAUGGAAGCUGGUCAUGAACACCAUGGAGAAGACCAUCGUCCUGCCACCCCUCACUGACCAGACGAUGAUCGGCACCCUCUUGAGAAAACAUGGCAAGGGAUUAGAAAAGGGCAGGGUGAAAUUGCCAAGCCACUCAGAUGGAACCCAGAUGAUCUUCAAUGCAGCCAAGGAGCUGGGUCAGCUAUCUAAACUCAAGGACCACAUGGUACGAGAAGAAGCCAAGAGCUUGACCCCGAAGCAGUGUGCAGUUGUUGAGCUGGCGCUGGACACUAUCAAGCAAUACUUCCAUGCGGGUGGCGUGGGCCUCAAGAAAACCUUCCUGGAAAAGAGUCCAGAUCUGCAGUCCCUGCGCUACGCCCUGUCCCUCUACACGCAGGCCACCGACCUGCUCAUCAAGACAUUCGUGCAGACGCAGUCGGCCCAGGGCUCGGGUGUGGAAGACCCUGUGGGUGAAGUUUCCGUCCAUGUAGAGCUCUUCACUCAUCCAGGAACUGGGGAACACAAGGUCACAGUGAAAGUGGUGGCUGCCAAUGACCUCAAGUGGCAGACUUCUGGCAUCUUCCGGCCGUUCAUCGAGGUCAACAUCAUUGGGCCCCAGCUCAGUGACAAGAAACGCAAGUUUGCAACCAAAUCCAAGAACAACAGCUGGGCCCCAAAGUACAAUGAGAGCUUCCAGUUCACGCUGAGCGCCGACGCGGGCCCGGAGUGCUACGAGCUGCAGGUGUGUGUUAAGGACUACUGCUUCGCGCGCGAGGACCGCACGGUGGGGCUGGCCGUGCUGCAGCUGCGCGAGCUGGUCCAGCGCGGGAGCGCCGCCUGCUGGCUGCCGCUUGGCCGCCGCAUCCACAUGGACGACACGGGCCUCACGGUGCUGCGCAUCCUGUCGCAACGCAGCAACGACGAGGUGGCCAAGGAGUUCGUCAAGCUCAAGUCGGACACGCGCUCCGCCGAGGAAGGCGGUGCCGCGCCUGCGCCCUAG